CCGGGUUGUGAAAACAAGUGGUGGUAUAUGGGUAUUGGUGCGGUACGUGCAGUACGGUGGACAUUUCACGAUAAACUGAACUGAAUUCAUGAAGAAAUCUUGCUUGAUUGCAAGAUAAUCAAAGAGGUUGACAACAGCAGGAUGUCAUAUCAUUUCUGAAAUGUUAAAGGUACACGUACUUGUUGUAGAUAAACACGUAUGCUGAGGAAUAUAAGCUGGAGGAGAAUUAUUGUUUCAGGGGAGGAUUGAAGGGACCCCUAUCUGAGCUAUCAUUUCAUCCAGGAAUUUAUAUUGUGGAUACCUAGCAUAGCUGAGCCUGUGAAGGAUGAGUGUCUGAUAAGUGAUUAGGAAAUUUUGACAUUGAACCAUGGCAUGCAAUCAUCAGCCAUUCACUCCAAAGAGCAACACUCAAUAGUUUGUAGUGCCUUGAACAAGGGGGAAAAUUGAAGAUUUUUGUGAACCGUGAAGGUUUUUCAUCUAUUCCUGGCAAGAUGCCGUUUGGUCUUCGUCUGAAGAAAACCCGGAGGUAUAACGUGUCUGGAAAGAAUUCGUUCGUUGCCAGGAUUCAACUUCUGGACAGUGCUGUUUUGGAAAUAACAUUAACACCAGAAAGUUUGGGACAGGAUUGUCUGGAUACCAUUGCCCAGAAACUUCAGCUUGAAGAGAGUAUCUACUUUGGCCUCCAGUAUAGCAACAAGAACUACAAGCUCCGAUGGGUGGAUCUAGAGAAACCGCUAAAGAAACAAUUGGACAAGAAUGCCCAUGACUCUAUGCUUCGCCUGGGUGUCAUGCUCUAUACAACCAACAUACAAACACUGAGGCAUGAAAUAACAAGAUACAUGUACUUCUUGCAGUUGAAGAGUGAUAUUAUUGAGGGCAUUUUACCAUGCAGUGAAGAACAAGCAGUGACACUGGCCAGCUUUGCUUUACAAGCUGAGAUAGGAAAUUUUGACCCCGCCAAGCACACCGUGGAAUUCUACCAGAAUGAAUAUGUUCUGCUGCCUAAGAACAUGACGACAGAGAAUGUGAGUUUGUCUGAGUUAUUUCUCAAGGUUAUGAACGCACAUCAGGCCAAGGUUGGCAUGUCAACAUGUCAGAGUGAACUAGGGUAUAUUGACCAGGCUGCUAAAUUACAAGGUUAUGGACAAGAGAGCUUCCCUGCUAAAGAUGACUCUGGGAAUGAAUUAUUCAUCAGCGCAUCCUUCUCAGGUUUAAGUGUUAAACAUCUAGAUAGACAAGAGACUGUUCAUUUUGAGUGGCAUGAGGUUGUGAGCAUGGGCCACAAUCGACGGGCCUUUGGGGUUGGGACGUCCCGCUCUCAUGAUGUCCUGCAAUUUCAGAUGGAUGAUGCGGAGACAGCCAAGUAUGUGUGCAGAAUAUGCAGACUCCAACAGCAGUUCCACAAGUAUACAGUUGAAACAGUCAAGCUUGGAAGCAGAGAGGUUCUGGUCGAUGGUUUCCCAGCAGACAAGCUAAUCACUGUGGUAGAUCCAGAGAGGAGAAUGUCAACGGAUGGACACCAGUCAUCAGGAAAGAUGAGGAAUAGAGAUAGUCUUAUGAUGGGUGAAGGAACUUCCUCAGAGGAGAACCUUCCACAUCACAUGAUGGCUGAUGGUCAACUAAGUAACCAGCAAUUCAUCAUUAGCCAAACAGGAAAUACCAACUUCACCACAUCUCAACUGAGUCUUGAUAACCAGCAUGCCUAUGACAGGGGUCCUUUCACUACCUCCCAGCUGAGUCUGGACAGACCACCUACUGAUUACAGCUACUCGAAUGGUAACCUAGUCAUGCUGGAUCAGAAUGGCAGUGUGUAUAGUGCCCCCAGUGUGAAUUCGCUGAAUUAUGGACUCCACAACCAGGUGUCACCAAACUCGUCCAAUCCUAGCCUUACGAACAAUGAGAAACUGCGCGCUCAGCUGCAAGCAGCUCUGCCGGCAUACAGGCAGAGUCCGGACUAUGAGUCGUUCAUCCAGGCGAGACUGCAGCAGAGGCUGUUGACUGUGAGUGAGCAGAGUCAGAGUGUUGGGAACCUUGGUAAGCAGAAUGGGUUUGGACCUGUGGAAAGUGUGCUCUAUCCUCAGCCGGAACUGAGGCAACAUAGUCAUAACAAUCACUACAGGCAGCAGUUCAGACUCAGCUAUGGAGGCAUGCCUAACAAUUACUACACUUCCAACAACAUGGACUACUCCCUGGAGUCACUGCAGCAUGGGCUGUUGAUAAAGACUCCCCAUGGGAACAUUGUACAUACCAUCAGUGUGCCUGAAUUGACGUCAGAGCAUAUUCAAACCACAGAGGAGUAUAUUACUGCAAAACUGUUGAAAAACAAGUACAAACCACCACCGCCUUACCCAAGAGGAAGUGCCAGUACCCCUAACCUUGCCAGGCAGAGUAAUAAUUACUUAGUGAGCAGUAGUAGCCCUGAUCUGGUGAGUAGGAGGUUACAGGCUAUUGAAGCUGUGCAUGAGGUUAAUCUCCAUGGAAGCGGGAAUGUAAAUAUUGAUACAGAUUUAUCUCAGUCAUUACCCAUAGAUGCAUUCCAACAGUUGAGGAUACAGGACUACCAUCCACAGGUUGGUAUGUACAGCAGACACGUAUCACAAGGAUAUCAGCAGCAGUACAGUCCACAGCAACGAGAGUUCAAACCUGCAUUGACUCUAAAUCUGACAGACAAAGCCCAACCGUCUGAUCUCUCCAUGAUAGGUGUGCCCUCCGGGUACGAGGACAAACUGCCUACCCCGCCAGACAAGGGUAGGAUCAUGAGUCCUUUCCAGGAAUUUGCAGUGCCUUUGGUCAGCCCACCAAGUGAAUUUGCAGAUCACAGUGACAUUGAUUCAAACAUGUCUCCGGGUAGUGUUGGGAGUCCUCCACGCCACUUUCACCUACCUCCUCAAGGCUUGGGGGAUAUCUACAACUCGCAACCAUCACUUCCAGAGAACCAUAUGACAUAUGUGACAGGUGGCUUUGGACAGAUGAAUGGCACUGGUCAGCAUGGCUCGCCCACAAGAGUAUACUCUAUGCCUCAGCUCCAUCCGGAAAUGCGGGAGGUGAACCCCAGUCAUUAUGCCAUGCUCCAUGUUGAUCAGGCCAACUAUGUUAAUACUGUACAGGGCUUCCAUGCGCAUCCCCAGCAGCAACACACCUCAGAAGUAGAAACAAUACUAGCAGAGAGGACAAAUCAUCAGCCGCAAGGCAGUCCUAUUGCAGUGAACAAUCAUAACAUUGGUAGCUUUGCUUCUAAUGUGAAUGUUACGCCUUUGGACAAUAUCACUCAGGAAACUCCUCAGAAGGGGCAUGCAACUCAGUCGCCCUCUCCGCCUCCAGCUCUUCCACUGUCGACAGUUGAUGUUAACACUCACCAGCCCAAGCAACCUGAACUGAAAGCCACUUCUCCAUCUUCAAAACCUUCCACCAGUACUACAUCUCAGCAACCUUCCACAUCAAAAGCCUCAUCUGCUCAACCAAUUAGCAGCAGCAGCAAGCACAAAUCAUCCAAAGCACCCGAGUCACCUACGCUGCCUUUGUCUCCUGAUCCUGAAGGAAGGGGAAUUUUUGAGGAUGUAGGGACUGAGAAUGGAGGAUACAUCGGUCCUUUGAAGCUGGCUGCCAUGAGUGGGUUAACCCUUCUCAGACCAAGGGACAUGCCUGAUGAACCAGAGGAAGAAUCUAAACACCCAAGAGAUGCAAGGCGGAAAAUCCUUGAGAAACAAUUGAGGGAAGGUCAGGUAUUCACAGAGUAUGAGCAGAUUCCAAAGAAGCGAGAAGGAGCAGUGUGCUAUACAUCAAAACUACCAGAGAACGUCAACAGAAACAGAUUCAAAGAUGUCCUACCAUAUGAGGAUUGUAGAGUGGAGUUAUCCUCAUCUCAUCAUAACAGUGGAGGUUACAUCAAUGCCUCACUGGUCAAGGUACCCAUCGCUGGUGAGAUGCUACAUUACAUUGCUGCUCAGAGCCCUAUGGAGAACACUGUCCAAGACUGGUGGAGGAUGGUAUGGGAGAGUGGUACACAGGUCAUUGCUAUGCUCACUAAACUCAAGGAGGAUGGCAGAGAAAAGUGUUUCAAGUACUGGCCUGAUUGUACUUCACCUAAGAAGAACACAGCUGAGUUUGGACCUUUCCGUGUGAUAGCACAGUUCAGCAAUGACUCUGGUUGUUACAUCACCAGUGGGCUUACGUUGCGUCAUCUUCCGUCGGGCGAACAGAGGACUGUUUGGCAUCUACAGUACAACGAUUGGCCUAAUAAAGGAUGCCCCAAUGAUGUGCAUGGCUUCCUAUCAUUCCUUGAGGAGUUCCAGUCUGUAUGUCGGCAUGCUAACAGUAUGAAUGAGGUUGAUGUGGGUCCACCUCCUAUCGUACACUGCAGUGCUGGGGUAGGAAGGACUGGAGUAUUGUUACUGGUUGAUAUUAUGAUUAGCAGUCUGGAACACAAUGAGGAAAUCAACAUUCCUAAGAUGCUGGGUAUCUUGCGUCAGCAGCGAAUGCUGAUGGUUCAGACGGUGGGACAGUAUACCUUUGUUUACAAGGCUCUCAUCCAGUCUCUCAAGAACACUCGGCUGAUCUAAACACCCAUUCCAAUGUCAUGUGUGUCUAAUAAUGUUAUUUCCUAUUGGAUGAUUUCAAGUGUGGUGCUGAUUGUUGGUGUUAAUGUUUGGGAAUGCUAGUGUUAGUGUUUGGCAUUUUAGCACCAGCCCUGACACCAAACCUGAUAUGGGACAGGUGGUGGUAUAGCUGCCACAGUGUGUUUGGUUUUUGGUGUUGGAGCUAGUUACUAGUACCUGUAACUUGAUUAAUGGUGUCAACACCUACACCAACACUAGCACCAUACUUGAAACAUCCUUUGUGGGUCCUUUCAUUCCGUUAGGGAUUGUCAUAUCUCACAAGGGUAUUACUCCCAGAGUAUUCGCAUUAUCAUUAUAAAUGAAAAGGUUGUUUCACAAGUAGGCAACUUGACAUGGAAAGCUUUACAGAAAUCAAUCUUUUUUCUUGUUUUAACAUUGACUUUCCCCUACUAUUUGUUGAAUCUGAAAUAAGAGGUUAAGUCAAGUGAAUUUUAAAGGAUUCUUGAUGAAAGAUGGAACUGCACCUAACAUCACUUAUCCAAAGGUAGCUGAAAACCAGUGCUAGUGCACAUGUGGUGUUAUAUAAUCUAAAUGAGAGUCUACCGAAUACUGCCUCCCCCCUCCCCAAGAUUGAUAUUUGGUGGUUUUUUUAUCACAAUGCAAGGUUUUCCAUGCAUUGAGUGCUUUUUAUUGUGGAUACUAGCUCUACAUAGAUCUCUAUUGGCAUUACUCUGAUGAUGAUAAUGAUAGACAAGCAUUGUAUAACAUGUUAUGAUGGUGAUAAUAGUGACGAUAGAUGCCCAUUUUAUAACCUGUAAUAAUGAUAUGUUAAUCAUAAUUGU